AUGGGGGACGACACGGCCGGGAUGCUGGGUGACGACAGUAGUGGCGAGAGCGCAGGACAACAGCAGUGGGAUGACUCCGACUCCAACGAUGAAGAGGAAACGUUUUUUCUGGAUCCUGAAGGCCGCGUGCCUUUUGCGGGAAACGUGUCGUUCGACUUCCGCAGCGCCCCCAACGCUUUGGCGGAGGCCCUGUCACCCCCCGAGGUCCUCGCACAAGUCGUGAAGGACUGCCAGACCGUCUUCUCUGCGAGGGCGAAGAAACUGGAGUACAGCACGGGCGAGACCUUCUGGAUACAGGCCAACGCAGCCCCGCGCAACUGUCUGGAGAGGCUGGCGUUGGACGUAUUUAAGGUUCACACGGCAGGAGCGAGGUUUAACCAAGAGACAUCGGGCGCCGAGUGGUGGACGCAGGUUAUCGAAGACGCGGAUGACAUCGGGUGGCACUGGGACAAGGAUUACGGCAUGGAGGCUCGUGGGAUAAACGUGCACCCGUGUCUGGCAACGGUCACCUACCUUUCAACGAACGGAGGCCCGACAGUAGUCUUGGAGAAGAAGGGGCCAAUGGCGUGCGAAGAUAUGGAAGAGGUCUCAGGGGAGGCCGCAAAGGCGUGGGUGAGUCGCCCGGCGCUGGGCAAGCACAUCUGCUUCGACGGCCGCUACCUGCACGCUGCUCCCGCAGACCUAGCGCUGCCACCUCAGACUACCGGUCUCGACGAAACACCGCCGCUGGGGGGGGGGGGGUCCAAGAAGCGGGACAAGGACGGCGAGUCGAAGGUGGUUCUCCCUGGCAGCUCUGUUGACGGCAAGGGCGGCAGCAGCAACACCACCGCCAGAAGAAGGCGUGUCACUUUCCUGGUGAACGUGUGGCUCAACCAUACCCCAAGGAACGCCGCGCCACUCCCGGCGCCGACAGCCGCAGAGCUCGGACCCUCCAACCUGGCGCUGAGGCUAUCGUCCUCCGACUUCGUCCCGCCGAUUCCUCUCCUCGUAGAUGAAACGGCGGCACCGACGGGCUCUGGCGAUGAUGGUGCCAUGCCUGGGCAGGGACGGAGAUCGGUGGCGACGAAACAAAGGAGAUUCGGUCCGGCCAAACCUGAACCUGAACGGCAGGAAGCUAGUGUUGCGACCGGGUCGGUGGCGGCAAGGGAGGGAGAGAAGACCGCGGCGGCGGCAGCGGCGGCUGUGGACAUGAAGUGGGAGUUUGGGGAGGUCGGGGAUGAGGCAGAGAAGCACCUUCGCCAUGAGGUGCUCGUGCCGGUACCCAUCGCCUUGCUACACCUUCCAUCCCCUGCCGACUCGGAAGGUGCUGCCGCUGGUUGUGCUUCAAAGGAUGAAAGGAGAGUCAGCAGUGGAGAUGAGGAGAGGGUCGGCAGGAGCUUCUGCGUGGAGUACCAAGGAACCAGGCGGCCGCGGGUUUCUCGCGUGGAUCUUGAGGAAGAAGGGUCGGAGGAUUCGGGUAGUAGUGGAGAGGAGAGCGAAGAGGAAGACGAGGAGGACGAGGACGAGGACGACGAAGACGAAGAGGACGAGGACGAGGACGAGGAGGACGAAGAGGACGAAGAGGACGAGGACGAGGAGGACGAGGAGGAGGUUUGAAGAUCAGGAUGGCCAUGGAGCAAUAAGAGAGGCGUCGUCGCCACAUGGAGUACGGCAGCUUCUGCUUGUGCGUGUGAACUUGUUGGUGGGAAACCGGUAGUAUGAAUAUUUCUUUGGCCACCGCCCCCUGCUGUGCAUUGGACGGGUGGACCUUUUCGUCUCAUGCACGCUGCUGUUCGUUGCGGGCACAACGCGUCGUGCGAUUGCGAGGUGAGAGUACCGUACGGUUUUUUGGGGGUCCGCCCCCCCCACACCAAAGUGUGGUAGCUAGUGGCCAUUGCCGGGCCCCAUGGAUAUUCUGCCGCCCGAGUUCCUAAGUAUGCAUAUCGAGGUUGAGACUCGCGCGGAAUCUUCGGGCGAAAGAUUGACCCUACACGUGGCUGUAGGAAAUAAGUAGGGAAUUCUGCUGGCAGGGUGUCUUGAUGUCGUCAUAUUGGUUUCGUGUCCAUUUAAUUGCCGACGCUUGCAAGGUGUACAACAUGCGCCAAUAGAUGCCGUCACCCAUGAGAACCUCAUAUUUUGCCCGAAGCUUGGUCGUUUCUCAUGUCCUCUGUGGGAGGGACUAGGGUAGAGUGGGGUUCAAGCUCGUGUUUUCGAAAGGGUGGAACUUUUCGUAAGUUCCUGUAAUAUGGAGAUCUUGAGUGGUGGCCCGAUCGGUUGUACGGUAGUGUGGAUAACUCGGGGUCCUUCGGUUCACACACAAUACACAUAUCUGCGUUUUUGCUGAUUUUUGGUUUGCCUGUUAGUAAGUUUAUCUCAUAUCCUUGUGAACCAACAGGAGUCUAGUUGAAUGAUAGCCGAGGGUUUCCAAAAUGUAAAGAGAACACAACAACAGGAACGGGCGACCAUUUGGGUUUCAACGUUAACCUUUGUUCGUGUUCCAGACAAAUGUAUCGUGUCACAUGGUGUGGCUCGGAGGGCAUUGAC